GAUGGAAAGGGUGUCAUGAAAUUCUCUGUGGUGCAGGGCAAGAGUGUCCUGUGGCAAACAAGUGUGCAAAGCUGCCUUCUGGAGCUAAUAAGUACAGCGGGGAAUGGCCCCUUCACAGCCAGUAUUACCCUGCCAGUCACCACCCCUCGUGACUUUCCAAGUAGAAGGGCACUGGGAACAGCAGCUUUGGCACAGCAUUUCAGGGCUUCAUGGGAUUACUUAUUCACUGUGUUCCUGGAUCAGUUCCAGACUACCCGGCUCUGCCUCCAGUGUGGCCUAAGCACAGCCGUGGGUUAUCCACUGGACACAGUGAAGGUGAGAAUUCAGACUGAGAAGCAUUACAAAGGGUUUUGGCACUGUGUUCAAGAAACAUACAGGACAGAAAAAAUUUGGGGAUUUUACAAAGGUGUGUCUGCAUCAGUCCUUGCCGUAUCAGCAGUUUCUUCUGUUUCCUUUGGCACAUACAAGAACUUCCUCUGUACAAUCUGCAAGCUGCGAUACGGGGCUGCAGAUGCAAAGCCAUCCAAGCUGGAUGUUUCCCUUGCUGGAGCUGUUGCCGGUGCUGUCCGGGUUGUGUUGACAAACCCCAGUGAAGUGGCUAAAGUUCGGAUGCAGACUCAGAGAAAUCCACACCCUUCUGUCACAUCUCAGCCUGUUUCCAAACCAAAGUACCAAGGGUCUCUGCACUGUCUGAAGGUGAUCACCAAGGAGGAAGGUUUUGGGGGUCUCUACAAGGGCUGCUCUGCAUUACUCUGCAGGGAUUGCUCUGCUUCUGCAGUAUAUUUCCUUUCCUAUUCUGCUCUGUGUGACUGGCUCACACCAGCUGGGAAAGAUAAACCAGGUUUCCUCGUUGUGCUGCUUUCUGGGGGUUUUGCUGGAGUCCUGGCCUGGGGAUUAGCUACUCCCAUGGAUGUCAUCAAAUCUCGGAUGCAAAUAGAUGAAUCGGACCAGCACAAGUACAAAGGCCUGAUCCACUGUGUUAGGGAAAGUGUGAGAAAGGAGGGUGCAAAAGUGCUUUUCAAAGGACUGGGUUUAAACUGCAUUCGUGCCUUUCCUGUGAACAUGGUAGUGUUUGUAACGUAUGAAGCUGUACUGAGAUUUACAGAUCGUUAUAUAAGCAAAAAAUAGCUCAUUCUAUUCUUUUCAGA